AUGUCACGUCGCCCGGGUGGAAUUAGCUAUUCAGAGUUAGAUCAGGGUAAUUUUUCUGAUGAUUCGUUUGAUGAUGAGGUUGACCAAGCGCAACAAAGAAAUACCAAAAAUGAUGACGAUGACUACAGUUAUGGGUCCAAUAGACGGAAAGGAACCAAGAAAAGUAAUGGAAAUGCCAGUCGCAAGAGAAAGGCUGAGGAUGCAGUAGAAGUAAUAAGGGCCCAGGCGCCCAGUGCUGACUAUUCGGACGAAGAGUUAGUGGAUCUUACACCUGAUAUCCCUGCGGACUAUGUCCCAGAUGCUGUGUCGAAGGCGUUUGGUAAGUCGGAUUUUUCAUAUUUGAAGUUGAAACCUGAUCAUUUUUCAAGACCUAUAUGGAUAUCUCCUGUCGAUGCCAGAAUUAUAUUAGAAUCAUUUUCACCACUAGCAGAGCAAGCACAAGACUUUUUGAUUACUAUUGCAGAACCAAUCUCAAGACCCUCGCAUAUCCACGAGUACAGAAUAACUGCAUAUUCGUUAUAUGCUGCAGUAUCUGUUGGACUAGAAACAGACGACAUUAUUCUGGUAUUGAACAGAUUAUCAAAGGUACCGGUUGCCGAAUCUAUCAUUGCUUUUAUUAGGGGCGCUACUAUAUCGUAUGGUAAGGUCAAGUUAGUUUUGAAACAUAAUCGUUAUUAUGUUGAGAGUACGCAAGCUGAUAUUUUACAAAUGCUUUUGAAAGACCCUGUAAUUGGUCAAUUACGUAUUCAAUCCACAGAAAAUACAAUCACCAGUAAUGGCCUUGUGCAAUCGUCGGCACCAACUCAAGGGGACCUAUCUAUACCCGGGACGAAGAAACCAGGUUCUAUCGAAGAGAAGAAGGAUAAUGAAGUAGAAGAUAUAUUUGCAUCAGUAGUAGGAAAUAAGGCUAAUGGAGAGGAAGACGAUUAUGAUGACUUAGAGACUGUUCAUUCAUUUGAAGUUGCAAAUGAGUCAGUGGAAAUUGUUAAGAGAAGGUGUCAAGAAAUUGAAUACCCAGUUUUGGAAGAAUAUGAUUUCCGUAAUGACGAUCGUAAUCCUGAUUUGGAUAUUGACUUAAAGCCAUCUACUCAAAUUAGACCAUACCAGGAAAAAUCAUUAUCAAAAAUGUUUGGGAAUGGACGUGCAAGAUCCGGGAUUAUCGUCUUACCAUGUGGUGCUGGAAAAACCUUAGUUGGAAUCACGGCUGCUUGUACUAUUAGAAAGUCUGUGAUUGUAUUAUGUACGUCAUCUGUUUCCGUAAUGCAAUGGAGACAGCAGUUCUUGCAAUGGUGUACAAUACAACCGGAAAAUGUUGCGGUAUUUACGUCUGAAAAUAAAGAAAUGUUUACUAGUGAUGCAGGAUUGGUUGUGUCUACUUACUCUAUGGUUGCCAAUACUCGUAAUAGAUCACACGAUUCCCAGAAGGUUAUGGACUUUUUGACUUCGAGGGAGUGGGGGUUUAUUAUAUUGGAUGAAGUCCAUGUCGUACCAGCCGCAAUGUUUAGACGUGUCGUCACUACAAUUGCUGCUCAUGCAAAGUUAGGUCUUACAGCUACAUUAGUUCGUGAAGAUGAUAAGAUUGAUGAUUUAAAUUUCUUGAUUGGGCCUAAAUUAUAUGAAGCAAACUGGAUGGAUUUGGCCCAAAAAGGUCACAUUGCAAAUGUUCAAUGUGCGGAGGUUUGGUGUCCUAUGACAUCUGAAUUUUACCAGGAGUACCUAAGGGAAUCUGCAAGAAAGAGAAUGCUUUUAUAUAUUAUGAAUCCAACGAAAUUUCAGGCAUGUCAAUUUUUAAUUCAUUAUCAUGAGAAACGAGGUGAUAAAAUUAUUGUUUUUAGUGAUAAUGUUUACGCAUUGCAAGGAUAUGCCCUAAAAUUAGGGAAGCCAUUUAUCUAUGGUUCAACAUCGCAACAGGAACGUAUGAAAAUUUUACAAAACUUUCAACACAAUGACCAAGUUAAUACAAUAUUUUUAUCCAAGGUUGGUGAUACGUCUAUCGAUUUACCUGAGGCUACAUGCUUAAUACAAAUCUCAUCGCAUUAUGGAUCUAGAAGACAAGAGGCUCAAAGAUUGGGACGUAUUUUGCGUGCUAAAAGACGUAAUGAUGAAGGUUUCAAUGCAUUCUUCUAUUCCUUAGUGUCGAAAGAUACACAAGAAAUGUAUUAUUCUACAAAAAGACAAGCAUUUUUAGUUGAUCAAGGGUAUGCAUUUAAAGUCAUUACACAUUUGAGCGGAAUGGAACAGUUGCCGGACCUAGCAUAUUCAUCGGCAAGAGAAAGAAGAGAGCUUCUUCAGGAAGUUUUAUUAAAGAAUGAGGAUGCUGCCGGUUUAGAGAUUGGUGAUGAUGCUGAUACAAAUUUCAUACCAAGAGAGCAACGUGAGAAGAGGGCAAAAUUAGAGAGCAACGGCAGUUCUGCAACUAGAACAGCAGGCUCUUUAGCAGGCUUAGCAGGAGGUGAAGAUAUGGCAUAUAUUGAGUAUAAUAAGAACAAGAAUAAGGAGAUCAAGGAGCAUCACCCAUUGAUUCAAAAAAUAUACUAUAAAAAUCAAAAAAAGUAA